CUUAGAAUUUAUUUUCUUAUCUUUGGCAGACACCUGUUGAAGCGGAGAGAAAUGAGUUGGUAAAACCUAUUUCGGGACUCUCGAACUCUACAGUAGAUGCUUCACUGCCUGCGCUUAUGGGUACAGGUGUUAAUGGAAGCGCAUACAUUACAGUUAUGAUAUAUAAUACGCGUGAAGUGUCCUGUCACCGAUGACCCAUGGCGUCUGUGCGCGUGGCGGUGCGGGUCCGUCCGUUGAGCCAAAGGGAGAAGGACCUUUCAGCCAAAGUCAUAAUACAAGUGGACGGACAUAAAACCUCUGUCCUUAAAACAAAGGAGACUGGAGAACCCUCUGGAGAGACCGUGAAGUCUUUCUCAUAUGAUUUCUCUUAUGAUUCACUGAACAGCACAAGUUCAAACUUUGUCACCCAGGAAAAGAUAUUCAAAGAUCUCGGCACCGAAGUCCUGCAAGCUGCUUUUGAGGGUUACAAUGCAUGCAUCUUUGCUUAUGGCCAGACAGGCUCAGGAAAGUCCUACACCAUGAUGGGCAACCCUGGUGAUUAUGGACUGAUUCCACGGAUCUGUGAGGGGCUGUUCCACCACAUCAGUGGAGUGUUACAAAGAGAUAAGGCAUCAUUUCACAUGGAGGUCAGCUACUUUGAAAUCUACAAUGAACGAGUUCGAGACCUCCUUCCCAGCACAGAGACACAAGGAUGUGAGCUGAGAGUAAGAGAACAUCCUAAAGAUGGACCAUAUGUGGAGGCCCUCUCCAGACACCAUGUGCAGAGCUAUACUGAGGUUGGCCAGCUAAUGCAUGAGGGCAACAGGAGGCGUGCCACUGCCAGCACAGGCAUGAACCAUGUCAGCAGCCGAUCCCACGCCAUCUUCACCAUUCGCUUCAUCAAGGCCAUGUUUGAUGCAGAGUUACCCAGCGAGACGGUGAGUAAGGUACACCUGGUUGACCUGGCAGGAAGUGAAAGAGCUGAUACCACACAGGCUACUGGCAUUAGGUUGAAGGAGGGCGCUAACAUCAAUAGAUCUCUGGUCACUCUGGGCAUUGUCAUCUCCGCUUUAGCUGAUUUGUCCAUUGGUGGUGGAAUAAAAAGGAAGCAAAACUUUGUUCCAUAUCGAGACUCUGUGCUUACCUGGCUCCUAAAGGACAGUCUUGGUGGGAACUCCAAAACCAUCAUGAUAGCCACCAUCUCACCUGCUGAUGUGAACUACAGUGAAACUCUGAACACCCUUCGUUAUGCCAGCCGGGCCAAGAACAUUUUAAACAAGCCCACUGUGAAUGAGGACAGCAAUGUAAAGAUAAUCAGAGAGCUGCGAGCUGAGAUUGCCCGCCUGAAAGCCCUGCUGUCUGCGGGAAAUCAGAUGGUGUCGUUUGAGCAGCCUUCGGGGUCGAGUGUGGAGGAGAGGCUUCAUCAGGAUGAAGCCCGAGUUCAGGAGCUGACAAAACAGUGGGCGAGUCGAUGGAAAGAAAUCCACAAUAUUCUUAGGGAAGAUACAGUAGCUCUCAGAAAAGAGGGUAUUGGUGUAGUUCUUGAUUCCCAGAUGCCCUAUUUAAUCUGCAUUGAUGAGGAUCUACUCAGCACAGGGGUUGUUCUCUAUCAUUUAAAGGAAGGUAGAACUUCAGUUGGGACUGGAGGAACCGAGCCAGAGCAGGAUAUAGUUCUCCAUGGUGAAGCUCUUCAGAGAGAACACUGUGUUUUUGAGAACCAGAGAGGAGCCGUCACACUUGUGCCGCUACCAGGAGCCAGGUGUGCAGUCAAUGGGGUGGAGGUGACCCAGCCAUACCUUCUUACCCAGGGAGUGAACAUACAACUUGGAAAGGCCACCAUGUUCCAUUUCAACCAUCCUCAAGAAGCAGCCCAACUUCGAGAGAAACGCAAGUCUGGGCUCUUCGUGUCGAGUAACUCCACUGCGUUCUCUGUGGACUCUUUCAGUCAUUUCAGUUCCAGAAAGGUUUCUGACCAACCUGAAGGUGACAUAGAAGACUGUUGUUUCUCAGGAGAGAGUCACAGGAGAGUGUAUCAAAGUAAUGGCUUAAUCAUAUUUUCAUCUGUGGAACAGCAACUACUACAAAUAGCAUGCAGAGCCUUUCUUACAAAUAUAAAGAUUCAUAGAAUAUUUUCCACAUCUCUUGCUCAUACAGACUUCCUUUUUCCUCAAAACAAGACAGACAGUAGUUUCAGUGGACCUUCAGAGUCUAAGCACGUUCCUGAGACACCCAGGGAACUUACAGAACACUGUGCCACUAACAACCCUACAGGAGAUGCCAAAAGUCUGGGAAAGUCGCUUCAGACAAGUCUCAACAUCCAGUGGGAGAAGCAGCAGUCAGCCCCUCAUAAAUCAGAAACUGAAGCUUUGUCAGUGGAUGUGACAGAUAGGGAAACGGAGGGGGAGGAAACAGGGGUGAAUGAAGGGUUCUGGGAUACUAGAAUAUUUCAGGAGUGCUGUAACGGGACCUCUGGGCACCUGGAUGUCGAGCAGCAGUAUCUCUGGCACCCGGUCGUGGGCUCAGAAGGGAGCUUGUUAGCUGAGGAAUCCCAUAUACAGAGCAGGCACACCGCCACGGGAGGAGGAGCAGCCUUUGUCCCCAGCUUGACUCGCUUGGAGCAUUUUUCACAGAGGCAUAGCCCACUUACCAUGGGGGGCCAAUUUAGUGAGCACAUUUUAUCCAGAACAUCUGUUGAGAGUCAAGAAGUCAAAGCCCAUCCAGAAGGAAGUGGGCUCAGUUCUAGCCUGGGGAGCUUUGCAGGUAGAGUGUCCUGGAUGCUAGCAGACGCAAGGCGUGUGCUUACAAACUCUUUGAAGGAACAAACUGGUGGUAGAGAAAGCAGUUGGUACAAUCAAAUGUGCUCACUGGUAAAGGAUCUACCCUUUGUACACCAUAUCCAGUUUGAAUUGACUCUAAGACCAGAGGCAAAACCAACUCUGGAGGCAACCCAGUUUCGACACAAUCUGUCUCAUAGUGAGAUUUUGUCAGUAAGUAAACAGAGUGUAACGUUGCCUUCCAUGCAAGAUCUGUCAAGAUCCAGAACCGAUGAAUGGAAGAGCCCUUUGAUGGCUUUGGAGGCAACUCAGACAAGGGAUUCGGUGACUACCCAUAUAAGUGAGGGACUGAAGGUAUGUUGCCAAAGACUACACCCUGUACCUGAACCCUUGCUCCAUCUCCAGAACCUUCCACCUCAGCAGCUUCUCUCCUGCCUGCACAAUGUGAUCCCUGCCCACUUGCUAAUGGAAGAGCGGGUGUUAGCUUUAUACUGGCUCAGUGUUGCCACCUGUUCUCAACCUGAUCCACAGCCUGCAGUUAUUGUCAUUUUCCAGACUAAGCUUUUGGUGGUCACUUUUGAUCCUUUGACUGAUUCUUCUAGCCCCACACACUCUUUAAAUGUUUUCUAUGAGUUAUCCUUUCAGGAACUGCAGGAGAUCCACAUAGGUUUUGCUGGGCAGACUGUCAGACUGACGGGCAACACAGAGAACAGCAUACUUACCUUGCACACUUGCAAUGUAGUCUUAAGUCAAGAACUGUCCCGAACUUUACUUGAGGCUAUUUACCCUUUCGAGACAGGUGCACUGGACCAUCCGUUACUGUCAAGUGACAUAGGAUGUUUGUCCUUAGACUGGAACUCCUGUAUUAAAGAUUUACUACUACCCUCUGGUGGGCGCCUUACAUGCUCUUUCCAAAAAACCCUGGCUAAGUUGGUCUUCCUGUUACAUGGUAACAUGCAAGGUGAAUGUCCGGCACUUGCACAUGUGCAACUACUUCUUUACACGACUGUCAGAUUUCAGAGAUCAAGUCUCGAGCUUCCCACUGACCCUAUUGUACCUGUUUCACAGGUGGCACAAAUAGACUCUGAGCUUGUCCAGCUUGUCCUGACUGACACUCACCUGUGUCUCUUGCGUGAGGAUGCAGUUUAUCACCCACCUCCACGUUCAGUAACUAUAGUGGCACGCCAGGCCCAGUUCAGGCUAAUAGACAUGAGGCAGCGUUUGGACGUCCGUUGCGUGCUGGUCAGAGAUGGAUACGGCAGUAUGCGUCUGGAUGUGGUUUUGGCUCAUGUCUACCGGAAAUCCGGUGCUACUGGAAGUCACCCUCAACCUCCAGAGGUCUGCAGUGCUGAUGAGGCAGCUGCCCAAUCUCCUACCAACUCUGAUUCAUCUCCCCGGAAUGAAGUGUGGAAAUUAACUUUCAGCAGCUCCGCUGAGGCCACCUUCCUGAUUAAUAACUUGUCAAACAUUUGAUCAAGGACCUUCCAGCAAAAUAAUUAACAGCCCAGUGAGGAGAAUUCGACAGGAGACUACAAAAAAGGCUGAGUGCACCGAAAACAUGACAUGAGUCGGCGCCGCUAGGAUUUGGGAAAUAAAGACAUUUUGUAAUUGUUCUGUUAUUUUUGUACUUUUCCAUGAAGUUUUAUAAGACUAGCAUUGUGAUAAUUUUUUCUGACAAAGGGAUGAGUAAAGGCCUGCUCACUAAGAACGAUACCUAUAAAAAUAACUAUAAAGAUAACUAUAUUAGUGUCAACACCAAUGCUUUAAAUGCUUGAGCUAUUCAUCAAAUUCUUGAGCAUUCAUCAGCAGGAAAAAUCAUUGUGACAGUUGUGUCCCGUUAUCGUUAUAGUUGUGGUAUGGACUCUGCUAUUAUUUUAUUAUUAAGAACGAUUUUUUUAAUGUUAUAGUUAUCAUCCUUGGUGUGAAUGAGCCUUAAUCAUUGAAAGUAGUGGCCAUGAUUUAGAUCAUAAAUUCAUCAGGCUGGUUGAGACCAUUGACAUGGUAGUAAUGGUGUUUAUUUGGCAAUAUUAUAUGGGCAGAUCAACAAUAAUUUUUGAUUCAGAGAUAGUAUCAGUACUCAACCUUGAUUUUCAUGUUCAUUCUAUUCAUUGCCAAUUAUAGAAUCAAAAGUAUGAGAUUGCUUCUAAUUCGCAUUUGAUGUGUUUAUCCCUGUGUGUCACCGGUAUGCUUUUAUAGUGUAGUUCAUUUUGUCAGAUUGCACAGUUGAAGUUAUAUUGUUUCGGUUGCACGGUGAUGUACCACCCUAGCAUAAAAAUGAAAAAACCUGCAUAAAAA